AUGGCAUCCUAUCACAGAGUACUCAGGGUCUUUGACAGGACUGUCAAGGACAAGAAUGUCGAAUGCGACUGUGACAUUCACUCCUGGGAAAUCCUAAUCAAUGGCCAGCGCUGGUUUGGCAAAAUCCGCCUGAUUGGCUUCGUCGACGUCUUCUUCCUCAUUUGCUACUCAACCAAUGACCGCUUCGAGCACGGAAUCAUCAUAUACAAAGAGGACGAGGUCAUCUGCGAUACCCUCGUUGCUGCUAAUAGAAGCGCCGAGGAUCUAGGCCUAGAUUUUGUGAAUAAGAAGGAGGUGGAAGGCAAAAAAGGAGUAGCCAAAAAGUACUUCAACUUCAUCGACGAAGCAGGAAACCUCGACUACAUCAUCACCAGUCUCGGACACGAAGUCGACCUGCGCACGGACUACUCGCCGUCAGAGCUGAGAAAGUUCGAGAUCCGGCUUCGCAGGACCAAUGAUCCGCACUGGAAAGGACCGAUUCACCGCGGUAUUGCCCAGCAUACCGUGCCGGAGCUCAUGCACGAUGCCAUCCGCUACGGCAUCAUCUCGAAUGCUGAAAUGACGGCCCGGAUCAUGGGUCACUUUGCGGGCGGCACACAUACUGAAGAUACGAUGAGGAAAUGGGCGUCUGCCAUUAGCGGCGGCAACGUGGGCCAUUCGGCAAUGGCGUGA